AUGCUUGGUUCCACUUCGCCUUGGGCCCACGCGGUCCUCGACCCGAACACCCACCUCAUCCCCGCCGCCCGCUCCUUCUGGCCCGCCUUCACCUCGUACUUCCGCAGCGGCAAGACUCUCACCCACCUCGCAACCUACAAGGCCUACUAUGCGGAUGCGGACCCCUUCCACUCGGCCAUGGCCUUCUGUGCCUUUGUCAGCUUCUACGUCUGGCUCAUGGAGAGGAUCACCGGUAACGCUUCCCAGGUCGAUGGCCUCUGGACCUUCCUUCCGCUCAUCUACUCGAUCCACUUUACCGUGCACAAGUACUUUACCUACCAGCCCGCUAAGAUCACCCUCUUCCACGGCAUCGAGCACGCCUCUGUCUGGGACAAGGUCGAGCCUCGACUGGCGCUCAUGACCGCGCUCUCGGUGCUCUGGUCCGCGAGGCUCACCUACAACGCCAUCAGGAGGAACAUGUUCAAGCCCGGAGAGGAGGACUACCGAUGGCCUUUGCUCCGAAAGACCAUGUCGCGACCCAUGUGGCACCUCUUCUCCAUCUUCUUCAUCGCCAUCGCUCAGAACAUCCUUCUGGCCAUCACCGCUCUACCCAACUACCUCCUGCUCACCACCACCUCGAUCAAGCACACCACCGCGCCCGUCCCGCACCCCGUCAACAAGCUCAUCCUCGGUGACUACAUCCUUUCCGCGCUCUUCGUGCUCAACCUCACCAUCCAGUUCUACGCCGACCAGCAGCAGUGGAACUACCAGAACUACAAGCGUGGCAAAACCCCCCAAGAGAAGCCCAUGCCCAGCGCCCUAAUCGAGCCCAAGACCGGCCUUCCCGCCCGAGAGCAGGUCGAAACACCCUACUCCACCCCCGAAGACGCCAAGCGCGGCUUCGUCACCAAAGGUCUCUGGGCCUGGAGCCGCCACCCCAACUUUGCCUGCGAGCAAACCACCUGGUGGAUCCUCUACGCCUUUGUCCCCCUCACCUUCCUCCCCACCGACCUCGACUUUAGCAAAUCGCACUGGUCCCACUUCCUCAACUACGCCAUCCUCGCCCCUCUCGCCAUGAACGCGCUCUUCUUGCCCAGCGCGCGCUACUCGGAGCAGGUCUCGGCGGAAAAGUACCCCGAGUACAAGGAUUAUCAGAAACGCGUGGGCAUGUUUUUGCCCAUCGACACCCUGAUUAGGACUGUGUACUACAAUGUUGUGGCGAGCAAGGAGGAGAAGCGCCGCGUUGAGGCGAAUGUCUGGGGUGUUAGUCAGAACAUCAAGAAGAAGAGCCAGUAG